AUGCAAUCUGUUCAAUAUACUCCUUAUGACUUACCAUAUACCCCUCUAGUCGCUCAACAUUUAGUUGUCAAUUCACCUCAUGUUAAUAAUCAAUUUGCAAGAUUUCAACCUCAAGAUUAUCAUCAAUAUGCAGAUUCUGAAAAUUUAGAAUAUUUAAAUGCUAAUGGUGGUGCUCCAGGUUAUCAAAUCAUUUCUAAUGGUAUCAAUGGUGCUCCAGUUGGUGUUCCAGGUGGUCAAUCUUACCAAGAUUAUGAUUCAUAUAAUCAAAUUCCAAAUCAUAUUGCAUUUAAUGAUAAUACCGGUGGAAUUUCUUCAGGUCAAUUAGGUCCAAAUGGAAUCAAUGGUUACAAUGGAUAUCCAAAUAAUAUUAACGGUGGCUCAGCACAAUCUAGUGGUCCUAAUGGUGCACCAAUUGGUGUCAAUGGUAUGGGUCUUUCAAGUAGUGGAAAUAUAGAUCAAGGUGAAUUUUAUAUGGAUGGUCAAUUUAAUGAUUCAAAUGGUAAUUUACAAUCACAAUUUAGUGGUGAGUCAAAUAAUGGUGCUGGUGCAAAUGGUGAUUAUCAAAAUCCUUUAGGUUCAAACCCUGCAACUGCUGCUUUACAAGGUCAUCCUUUAGCUCAAAAUGUUGAUGUAGCACCAAGUAGAACUGUUUAUUUAGGUAAUGUUCCAAGUGAUAUUACACCAAAAGAAUUAUUAGAUCAUGUUAGAAGUGGUAUUAUUGAAAAUGUUCGUUUACUUUCAGAUAAAAUGUGUGCAUUCAUUUCAUUUUUAGAUAAAUCGAGUGCUUUAUUAUUCCAUUCAGAUGCUAUUUUGAAAAGACUUACAAUUAAAGAUAAUGAUAUUAAAAUUGGUUGGGGUAAAAAUGUUCCUUUAAGUUCUGUUGUUUUAAAUUCAAUUCAAAGAGAUGGUGCAACAAGAAAUGUUUAUAUUGGUAAUUUACCAAAAACUAUAACUGAAGAACAAUUAAUCAAUGAUUUAAAUGAAUAUGGUCAAAUUGAUACAAUUAAAAUUCUUGCUGAUAAAGGUGUUGCAUUCAUUCAUUUUUGUUCAAUUUUAAGUGCUAUUAAAGUUGUUACAAACUUAAGUUUAAAAAAUGAAUUUUAUGCUGAUAAAAAAAUCUUUUAUGGUAAAGAUAGAUGUGCAUUUAUUACUAAAACUCAACAACAUAAUGCUGCUCAAUAUUUAGGCUUAGCACCAGGUAUGGAACAUUUAGUCACAAAUGCUGAUAGAGAAUUCAUUUCAUCAACUUUAUUACAACAAUCUGCCGCUGCAGCUGCCAUUGCAACUACUGCAGGUGGUGCAAAUAAUUUAGGUAAUAGAACCGUUUAUUUAGGUAAUUUACCAAAAGAUAUUAAAAUUGAAGAAAUUUGUAAUGUUGUUAGAGGUGGUCUUUUACAAAAUGUUAAAUAUUUACAAGAUCGUCAUGUUUGUUUUAUUACAUUUAUUGAUCCAAUUGCUGCUGCUCAAUUUUUUGCAAUGUCACAAUUACAUGGUUUAACUAUACAUAAUAAAAGAAUUAAAAUUGGCUGGGGUAAACAUUCUGGUCCAUUAUCAAAUGCUUUAACCCUUGCAGUUAGUUCUGGUGCUUCAAGAAAUAUUUAUAUUGGUAAUAUUGAUGUUAAUAAUCCAAAAUUUUCAAAAGAACAAUUAAGAGAAAGAUUUUUAGAAUUUGGUGAAAUUGAACAAAUUAAUUAUCUUCUAGAAAAAAAUUGUGUCUUUGUUAAUUUUACAAAUAUUUCUCAUGCAAUUUUAGCAAUUGAUAAAAUUAAAAUUGAUGAAGAUUUUAAAAAUUUAAAAAUUAAUUUUGGUAAAGAUAGAUGUGGUAAUAUCCCACGUCAAUUUGUUAAUCAAAAAUAA